AUGAGUGAAGAUACAGCAGAGCAUCAUGAGGUGAUUGUUAUCGGAGCUGGCAUUUCAGGCUUGAAAUGCUGUGCGGAUUUAAAUGACCGCGAUGUGGAUUUUCUCGAUUUGGAAGCCCGAGGUCGUUUUGGCGGCAGAAUCUAUACUGAUCGUACAGGCAAGUGCAGUUAUGAAAUUGGCCCUUCUUGGGCUCAUGAUACAUUAGCGAAUCCGUUAUUUGACGAAAUUGUAGCUAGCGAUUACAAUUACGAUCUUUAUUAUGACGAUCAGAGACCGUACUAUUUUGGUGAAAAAUUGGAUGAUGCAGAUUUUGAGGGUUAUCGAGUUAAUCAAGUCGUCGAGGAGAUGAGAAAAUAUGUCGAAUUGGCCUAUUUUCAGGAAUUGGGUCGCAAGGAUGUUUCCCUAAGAGAAAUUGCGCUGAACUAUGCCUACAGACAGCGUAAGUUGCUUACUCCCGAGCAGAUUUUGUAUGCGCCUCAAUUUAUCCGUCACUUAGAAUUGUGGCACGGAAUCAGUUGGGAGGAUAUGAGCUCUAAGUACUCCUUAGUGGAUAAUGUAGGACGUAACUGCGUCCUUAGAAAGGGAUACGAUCAUGUGAUUGAUCACCUUGUUAAGGAAUUGCCAAAAGACCGUCUCUUAAAGAACAUGGUAGUUUCUAAGAUACACCAUGAUGCCAAAAGGAUUGAGGUGUUCACUACAGAUGGUCGUAGAUUUACCUGCGACUAUUUGGUGGUCACUGUUCCUCAAAGUAUCCUACAAUUGGAUCCUAAAGAACAAGGGGGGAUCGAGUGGGAGCCCAAACUACCCAAAAGGAUUGAGGAGCCGUUGGCCAAUAUGAGCUUUGGUAAAUUGGGUAAAUUUAUUUUGGAAUUUCCUGAAGCCUUCUGGAAGCACCAUGACACCGAUAGAUUUGUUGCCAUUGCCAACCCAGACCUUGUAGAAGGUAAACACAUCCUCAGUGCUCUUAAGCACAAUAAGAUGCCGGUUUUACCCAAGAGCGAUUCUUCAAAGCUUCCUAAGCCAUGGGACUUUCCAGUUCUAAUACUUAAUUUGUACAAGGUGAACAAUGUGGCCUCGUUACUCUGCUUCACUCAAGGUCCAUUGACUGAGUACUUAGAGAGAAACCCUCAGAAGGUGUGGGAGUACAUGAAGCCGAUCGUCUCUCGGCUAGCAAAGAAACCAGAGGACGUUCUCGAGCCAGAAAACGUGAUUUCCUCACAAUGGACCGUGGAUCCGUAUAGCAGAGGCUCAUUUGCUGCUUGCGAGCCAGGCAACGAUCCUACGGAUUUGGUGAUCCAGUUAACGAAAGGAAUGGGCAACGUUCGUUUUGCCGGAGAACACACCAUCUUGGACGGGGCUGGAGCAGUUCAUGGAGCUUGGAUGAGCGGCAAAAGAGAAGGAAAGUACAUUAUGGUCAAGACAGGAAAGAUGAAGGGAGAAAUUGAUUUUUAA